UGGGGCCUUCGGGCAAUAGGGGAUCAUGGGGCCCCUGUGUCCUUGCCCAAACUCAACAAAGCCUAUGAUAAAGGUACCAGGGGCAUCUCAUGGGGCCCCCUACUGACCCCGGGCCCGAGUUUCCAAAUGGUCAGUCCGCCCUUGAUACCAAGGUACCAGAAAUGGAACCUUAUGCAGGGGCGGACUGACAACUCAUGGGGCCCCCGGGCAAUAGGAGAUCAUGGGGCCCCUGUGUCCUUGCCCAAACUCAAAAAAACCUAUGAAAAAGGUACCAGGGGCAUCCAUUGGGGCCCCCUACUGAGCCCGGGCCCUCAGGCAGUGCCCGAGUUUCCAAAUGGUCAGUCCGCCCCUGGACAUAGGUCUACCGUAUGAAGGCAUGCUGU